AACACACGAUCGACGCUGCCACGUCAAAUGCGACGGUGUGAGUGUGAAUGAAGUGGCAUUUUCGGCGUUUUAUUCAGCAUCGUCGGCCGAAUUAAAACUGUAGUUGUGGUCAGGCAUUCGCAAAUUUAAGAUGCGAGUUACGUUAUUUGCAGUAGCGAUAGCCCUUUUGGGUGCCGCGUUCGCCGAUGAAGUUCCUACAGAAGAUAAUGUGUUAGUACUCAGCAAAGCCAACUUCGAAAAUGUUAUUGCUACCACUGACUUCAUUUUGGUUGAAUUCUAUGCGCCGUGGUGCGGGCAUUGCAAGUCGCUGGCGCCGGAAUACGCCAAGGCCGCUACAAAGUUGAAUGAAGAAGAAUCUCCCAUCAAACUUGCUAAGGUCGACGCCACACAGGAACAGGAUCUUGCCGAAAGUUUCGGCGUAAGAGGAUAUCCUACGUUGAAAUUCUUCAAGAACGGCAACCCUGUCGAUUAUACAGGUGGCAGACAAGCUGAUGAUAUUAUUGCUUGGCUGAAGAAGAAGACUGGUCCUCCGGCCGUUGAAGUUACAUCCGCUGAACAGGCUAAGGAACUAAUUGCUGCCAACAAUGUGAUCACAUUCGGUUUCUUCCCCGACCAGGCCACUGACAAGGCAAAGGCUUUCCUUAAUGUUGCUGGGCUUGUGGAUGACCAGGUGUUUGCACUUGUCAGUGAUGAGAAACUCAUUGAAGAGUUGGAGGCAGAAUCUGGCGAUGUUGUCCUAUUCAAGAACUUUGAAGAGCCACGUGUCAAGUAUGACGCUAAAGAGUUUGACGAGGAUCUGCUCAAGACGUGGGUGUUUGUGCAAAGCAUGCCCACAAUUGUGGAGUUCUCACACGAAACCGCUUCCAAGAUCUUCGGUGGACAGAUCAAAUACCACUUGCUUCUCUUCCUGUCCAAGAAAAAUGGUGAUUUCGAAAAGUACCUUGAUGGCUUGAAACCCGUUGCUAAGAACUAUCGCGACAAGAUCAUGGCCGUCGCUAUUGAUACUGAUGAAGAUGACCACCAGAGGAUUUUGGAGUUCUUUGGCAUGAAGAAGGAUGAGGUGCCUUCCGCUCGUCUGAUUGCUCUUGAACAAGACAUGGCCAAAUACAAACCCGCCAGCUCAGAACUUAAUGCCAACACUAUUGAGGAAUUCAUCCAAUCAUUCUUCGCUGGCACCCUGAAGCAGCACCUGCUCAGCGAGGAGCUGCCCGAGGACUGGGCAGCCAAGCCCGUCAAGGUGCUGGUGGCCACCAACUUUGAUGAAGUCGUCUUUGACACCAAGAAGAAGGUCCUCGUUGAAUUCUAUGCGCCUUGGUGCGGACACUGCAAGCAGCUGGUCCCGAUCUACGAUAAAUUGGGCGAACACUUCUCCGCGGACGAGGACGUCGUCAUCGCCAAGAUGGACGCCACCGCCAACGAGCUGGAACACACCAAGAUCACCUCCUUCCCGACCAUUAAGCUGUACACCAAGGACAACCAGGUGCGCGAGUACAACGGCGAGCGCACGUUGGCCGGACUCACCAAGUUCGUGGAGACUGAGGGCGAGGGCGCCGAGCCCACUCCCGCUGUGAGUGAAGAUGAUGAAGACAACGAGGCGCCGUCGCGAGACGAGCUUUGAGCAAACACUUCCAUAGCGUACUUUGUAUAGAUUAUAAUUAUAAUUUACACUUAAUAUUACAUUUAAAAAAACGCAUUUCGUCUGCUAGGCCAUUUACUAUAUGUUUUGUUUGUGUUCUGUAGGUUUUCAUUGUCAAAAACAUGCACAAAAACAUUUUUAUGCGUGUUCUGACAGUGCGUUUUAUUAGCGCGACGCGUAAAACGAAUUUAUUAUGAGCAAAAAUAUUUAUCUAACAAGUUCUUUUUUAAGUAAUAUUUUGUAAUUUUUAAACUCAAAAGAACUUAAUUCCGUUAUCUUUGUUGAUAUUUAUUGUAAUACUCUACGCUCCCUUUGGAUCUGUAUGAAUAAUUUCAAAAUAAAUAAUUUAUUCACAGAAAUAUUGUAAGCUAAUAUUGUGUAUUAAUUUCUGUAUCAUGAUACAUUAUUUAGCUAUAGUUUGAACAACGAUGUUUGUUUUUUUCUAAUUGAUUUAAUAUUUUAAGAUGUGAAAUGCAACAAUUCGAAUUUUUUUGUAUAUUUUUUAUUGAUUCAUUAAAUUUGCAUAAUUUUAGAAAGGUGCUGUUUAAGUUUUAAAUACAUUUUUCAAGUUUGUUCCAUGUUCAGUGUAAUUUUAAAAUAAAUCAGUGUAUUUUUACAUGAAUCCAGUCUAAUUGUAAAUAAGAAUUUGUUGGAAAUUAACAUAAACAAUGUUGCAAGUAUCUGUUGGAUACAGAAAUUGAUAAAUAAAGUUAUGAAAACAUA